AUGCCCAUCACCACGGCAUUGGGGUAUGACGCCAACCUCAUGUUCUGGCGGACAAUCAUCCAAGUUUUCUUUCGGGAGGUCCGUCCUCGUGGGGCCUUCAACAUUCCGAAGGAAGGCCCCGUCAUUUUUGUUGGCGCUCCGCAUCACAACCAGUUCCUUGACCCUUUGCUCUUAAGCUCGGAAGUGUUUCGUGAAACAGGUCGUCGCGUUUCCUUCCUCACUGCAGCAAAAAGCAUGAAAAGGAGAACCGUCGGCUUCUUUGCUAGACUCAUGGACAGUAUUCCGGUUGCCCGUGCAGCAGACGAUGUUAAACCAGCCACGGGGCUCAUCCGCUUGUCUGAGGACGACCCAUGCCUUGUAUUAGGACAAGGGACAAAGUUCACUUCAGAAUUUGAGCCCAGAAUGCAGGUAUUGCUACCCAAAGCCAUCAACUCUGCUGUCGCCGAAGUCCUCGAAGUGAUCUCUGAUACCGAGUUACGCAUUAAGCGCGAAUUUGGAGGAGAGACGGGCAAAGGGACUUCUCGUUUCCGUGAACGAGUAGCUGAAUGUCAAGCAGAGGGCAAGAAUGGGCUCGAGUUUAAGAGGCUUCCUUAUGUUGACCAACAGAAAAUGUAUGGCCAUGUCUAUACUCGUUUGAAAGAAGGCGGCUGCAUAGGCAUCUUUCCUGAAGGUGGCAGUCACGACCGUACUGACCUCCUUCCACUGAAGGCCGGCGUGUCCAUCAUGGCUCUGGGAGCUAUGGCCAAUAAUCCUAAUGUCCAAGUCAAGAUAGUACCGGUUGGACUGUACUAUUUCCAUGCUCACCGGUUCCGAUCGAGGGCGGUGGUAGAGUUCGGCUCCGCAUUGGAUGUUCCCGCUGAGCUCGUAGAGAUGUUCAAGCAAGGAGGUGCAAAGAAGCGAGAAGCUGUUGCUAAAUUCCUUGAUCUAAUCUAUGACGGUUUGAAGACGGUCACAGUUCGAGCACCCGAUUAUGAUACAUUGAUGCUUGUUCAAGCAGUCCGCAGGCUCUACAAAACGCCUGGACAGCACCUCACUCUCGGCCAAGUGGUCGAACUGAAUAGACGCUUUUUGGAAGGAUACAAUCACUUCAAAGAUGAGCCACGGGUUCAAAGGCUUCGGGAGGACGUGAUCAAAUAUAACAGACUUUUGCGAGACCUUGGGCUCCGUGAUCAUCAAGUACCAGUAGCCAAGAAAGCAAGUUACAAGACCUUAGGCCUUUUGCUUUACCGUGUUGGUCUCCUUUUGGCUUGGAGCUUGCUCGCUCUGCCUGGGACCAUUUUGAACAGCCCCAUGUUCAUAUUAGCUUCCAUUCUCUCCAAGAAGAAAGCAAAAGAGGCUCUUGCCGCAUCGACAGUCAAGAUUGCAGGCAGGGAUGUGCUCGCCACAUGGAAAAUUCUAAUAUCGCUUGGAGUUGCACCCGUCCUCUACUUCACAUAUGCUAUCCUUGCAACCAUUAUUGCCACCAAAGCUGGCGCAUCAACUCGUGUAAAGAUAUUGACACCUUUCUUGGUGAUCUUCGCGCUGCCCUUCAUGAAUUACGCCGCCUUGAAGUUUGGUGAAGCUGGGAUGGAUGUUCUUAAAUCCCUACGACCUCUCGUCGUUGCAGUGGUCCCAGGACAACAGCGCUUAUUCGACAACCUCAGAGCUAUGCGAUUGAAACUCUCGAAUGAAGUCGCCGAUGUCAUUAACGAAUUUGGACCAAAACUUUAUGAUGAUUUUGACCAAGCAAGUCCUUAUUUCCGGAUUUUGGUGCCCGCCAGUGCUCCACCUUCCACCGGCGAGCAAGGCGUAUGGCGCCGGAAGAGUAGUGUGGGAGGUGUCGAUGCUCAAGGGAAUUUGCUUAUUCACCCUAUGACUUGGUUAGACGAACGUCUGUUUGGUUGGAGUCACAGCUCGAAACGCGGAACCAGCGCCUGGGGCGGAGCCACGCCUAGUCAAAUGAGUAGCAGACCGGAGACACCAGAUAUAUCUGACGACGAGGACCACGGAGACUAUGAUCACGUCGUGAAUUUGCUACAUGCAUAUGAAGCUCCUCCACGGCACAGGAUUCGUAGUCGCCCAGGCUCGUAUGCCGAUUUGCAAAAGUUGCGAAUGUCCGCCUCAGCUUCUACGGGUGUUGAAUCACGAUCUUCGGCGGUAGCUCGCCAAUCACCACGGCAGCGCAAGAAGAGUCUUUCCGACCUGAUCCCCGUUGAGCGGAUUGGAGAUGCUGACAAGAAGGAGCCCUUUGGAGAGGUUACUAUGGAUCUUAACAAGGACGCCAACAGUAGUUCAUAG